GACAGGUGGCCACAGAGACUUCCGGUCGUGCGAGAGUUAAGCUGUUGAUGGUGGUUGACGAGGAGCCUGAAUGUCAAUAUUAUUGCGCGAAAAUGCCUCAGUGUUGUGCUUUCGGUUGCACAAUGCGAAGCGGUACAAACCUCUUGUCUGAGGUGAAGUUUUAUCGGUUCCCGCGGAAUCCAACGCGACGUUUGGCGUGGGCACUCGCUGUCAAGCGUGAAAACUUCACCCCAACGGACGGCACAAGGAUAUGCAGCAAGCAUUUUGUCAGCGGGGCCCCUUCCAAGGAAGCGACCCAUCCAGAUUGGGUGCCCAGCAUAUUUCCUCAUCGAGUGCGAGCGUCACCAGCUUGUAGAGAGCGAGCACUUCAACGAUACAAACGAGUUGCAGCUCGGUCUCAGAAUGCCGAGUCAAACAUGGCGGAGAACCAAGGUGAACACAGUGAUCCACAAGAAGGAAUGGAAUGCUCAGGGGAGGGCCCCCUUCUAACUGACGAUAGUUACUCGACGGCUAGCUCAACAGAGCUCUCUGGAUCUGAUAUUGACAACCUGAUUGCUGAAAACAAGAGACUGAAAGCCGAAUGUGCAGCCUUUAAAGCAGAGAUGUUAAACAGGAAUGCUGUUGUGGACUUUGAAGAUGACCAUGCAGUCAGUUUUCUGACCGGGUUGACAACGAGUACGUUCCUACUUCUGCUGCAUUUCGUGACAGCAUGCUACAAACCACCAUUCAGCAGUGUGAUUCCUUAUAACCAACAGCUCCUCAUGGUGCUCAUGAAGAUCCGUCUUGGACUGCUAAACAAGGACCUUGCGCUGAGAUUUCAAACAUCAGUGUGUACCGUAUCGAAGAUUUGCCAUUCAUGGAUUGACAUCCUCAGUAAGGAACUUGCUCCGCUUAUCAUGUGGCCAGCAAGAAGUGACAUUAGGAGACGUCUUCCCAAAGAAUGUAGAGUGCCACUUUUUAACAACCUGAGGUGUAUCAUUGAUUGCUCAGAGGUUUUUAUCGAACGACCCUGCAACUUUCGAGCCAGGUCCCAGACGUUCUCAUCUUACAAGCAUCACAAUACUAUAAAGUUUUUGAUCGGAAUCUGUCCAAGUGGUGGGAUAUCUUUUAUCUCGAAGUUCUGGGGAGGUCGAACUAGUGACUUAGAACUGACAACCAAGUGUGGUUUCUUAGACAAGGUACAGGAAGGUGACCUGAUAAUGGCAGACAGAGGGUUCAACAUUUCUGAACAUUUAGCAUUACGUGGUGCAAGGCUAAUUAUUCCAGCUUCUACGCGUGGAAAGGCUCAGCUCAGCAGAAGGGAUGUGGAAAUUUCACGUAGAAUCUCAAGGGUGCGAAUCCAAGUGGAGAGGACAAUCAACCAGCUCAAAAACUUCAGGAUACUGCACAAUAUUGUGCCUGUCUCGUUCAUCAAGCGGAAAACAGAUACCAAAAUGGCGACAAUGGACAAAGUGCUAGUUAUAUGUGCAGCUCUUGUCAACAUGAGAAAAACCAUUUUUGGGAGAGAAGCCUCUACUGCGGAUAAUGCAUCAUAAUGAA